UUGAAUAUUUUAAAAGCAUCCUCUUACAUCCGGUCGAUUCAAGAUUCAACGAGCUCGAUUCAACACAUGUUUCUGUCUUAUUUCAGCAUCUAAUUCAGCUUCUAUGGCAGCCGUGACGGCCCAUGUUGUCACAGGAGAAUGUUAUAAAAAAAAUAUAGCUCAUUUUACGAAUGGAGAGAUAAAAGAAAAUCAUACUGAUGGUUUGUCAGUUGGACAGUUUAUCAGAGCAGGAGAUGGCAGAAAGAGAAAACACACAAUAUUGGUUGGGGAAACUGCAACUAUGUCAUAUGUUGGGAAAAACUUUGGACCAGAUGCCAGUAAAGCUCAGAGUUAUUGCAGAUAUUAUGUUGGUGUUGUAGACAGAAAACGUGGAAAAAUGAGAGUAUUUGAUUCAGAAAUAAUUCAAAUGGUUCCAAAACAGCCAGAUUUCCAAGAAGAAGAUGAGAGAGGGCAAAUAUCGUUACCUGCUAAUGGUGAUAAAACAUACACACAACGGAUUGAUGAUUUGACAGCCAACUUUGGUAGUAAGAAGAAAAAGCAAGCCAUGGGGUCACGAUUACGAAAUGAAAUCCAUGGAGAAGCAUUAGAAAAAUCUCUCAACUCUGUUGUAGAAGAUGCUGCAUCUCAGAAUAAAAACAAGCAAGUGAAUAAGGAUGACCAGCAAUCAACAUUACUUCCUGCAUAUAACAAAGAUGGCGAAACACCAAAAGAUGUGUACCCUUUAGAAAGUGUGCUAAAUCAGCAGGCAAUGGAUGCCAUGAUGACACCAGCUCAAGUAUUCUAUGAUUCCACUAAAACACAGAUCAAAGACUGGAAUGUAAAAGAGGAAUAUCCAAAAUACAUACUGAACCACUUGUCAGUGUUGCCUUCAUCCACAGAUCAGAGAUUGUACAAGUCCAAGAUACUAAUGUAUCUCCAUUAUCUAAUGUAUGUCUAUAUGAAACCAGCCAAAGAACUUAGAACGAAAAAUCCUUUGCCAAAAGAAUGGCCAGAUAAAAUCAGAAAACUUAUAUAUGAUGACUUUACGUUACUGAUAGACUCUGGGAACAGACAAAUACGGUGUAUUCCAUCCCGUCUGAAAGACAAAUUAACAUUAUACAUUCUGGUGCUUUGUCUUAUUCUAGAUGAGUUUGAUUUACCAUUGAAUGAUUUACAAAGAGACCUCAAAUUAGGUGGAAAAAGUUUAGACACUUACAUUAGAGAAAUUGGGUGUAAAAUGAAAAUCAAGAAGAUAACAGCAGAACUGGGAGAGAAACUAGAAAUCAAGAGUGCAACUCUUCAAUUACCUUUAAGAUUUCCAGAGGCAACAACAAGGAAGGCAAAAGCUAGAAGAUAGUGAUUGAAUUAUGAAUUUUUUCGACUUCAUUUCAGUAUCAGUAAUGGAUAGAACCUUUUGAAUAAGUCUCUGUGUAGAAUCAUCAUGAUCGUCUUAUGAAAUAAUUGAUGAAAAUAAUCUCAGAAUAGUGUAAAUUACUCUGUACAAGAUCUUAUAAGCUCAGAAUAUUAUUAGUUACUGUGUGCAUGAUCUAUCAAUACUUCAUUUGUCUAGUCAGUAAUUAUAUAAAACAGUGUUUGUGUUGUGAACACGAUAGCAAAAUUCAAAACUGUUAUGGAAAUUAGAAAAUAUUAUCCCCCUUAAAAAUUCAUAAUAAAUGAAAUAGGAUGUCUGUCCUGCUCUGCAAACAA